GCAUAAUGUAUGCAGUGGCGUGAAAAAGCUCUCCAUCCUGUUAGAGAACCAGGUGUCAACAUGGGUAUCGGUGACAGCUAAAGGCGAAGACAUAGCGAAAUACGUGGAUCUUCGUGGACCCGUGCCUGGAAUUGCUGGGCUGCAACCGAUCUGCCCUUCAAUAGAUCAGAGGGAAGCAUCGCCAAUCCUGGGCAUGCAUCAUUUGCCUGCGUUCGCAUUGAGCGAUCAGUUUCUGUUCUACAAGCCGGAGAAAGCACUGACUGAUGCUUUGAAGUCAUUGGGAAAUGAGCGUGAUUCGAUCGAACACGUAGCUGCCCGAUUGCACACAGCGUUGUUGGCAAACGGCAUGGGUAAAAACGGUGAAGCAGUGAACUGGUUGCUGUGUGUUUUGUCGUCGCUUUAUUGGCGUGUUGUUGGUGAUGCCCAUCGAGCGGUUGGAUGCCUUCAAUGUGCUUUGCAGACAGCUCCUCCUCAUACCAGAGACGUUGCAUUGGUUUCUUUGGCGAAUAUCUGCCAUCAAGCUGGUUUGCUACAUUCAGCACUGAUUGCAGCUGGAACUGCCCUGUCGGCCAGUCCGAAUCUUGUCGCCAUUCAUUUCACCAUUGCCAACAUCUACGCAUCGAUGGGAGACUAUCAGCGUGCUCUUGAAUUUUACUAUUCGACGCUGUCGCUGCAGAUGAAUUUCGAGCCAGCAAAGGAGAGGAUCCGUGCCAUUUACUGCCAUUCUGGAAAGACUUUUGAUUUCCAGGCGGUUUAG